GUGUGUUCAGACAUGAACGUUUACCAAACUAUGCUAGAUAGGAGUAAAAGCAUCAAAGGACUUGAGCAAGGUACUGAGAGAGAUGUUGUGUACCAAGACUUUGGGUCCCAAAUUGGGCUCAAGAUAAGAGUCAGAGAGAAGACUAGGUAUGGAAGAAUAAGGAAGGAAAAUGUCUCUUUGAGUUACGAAAAUGAAGGAAGUGCUCAAAAUUAUGAUUCGCACGAUGCUGCAUAUGAAUCUAUUCCACCGGACUGAAUGUUCCUGAGAAGAAACAAGACAAGGAAGAUAUCCCUAAAGAACCUCAAGAUGGUGAUGAACGUGAAAUCUUUCUUGAACUGAAACCAAAGCAAGAAAUUUGGUCAGACCUUCAUUGAAAAUUCGGAAUUGGGUGAUGGACAGAAAAGCCAGUUGAAAACCUAUUCGAAGAAAUGAAAAAAAUUUUCCACACCUGGAGCUUUAACUAGGAAGUAUCUCGGCAAGGCCAUCAGACCUGUUAACUCUGAUGAAGCUUUAGAGAGCAAGAAGAACAAAUUUACCCUUCCCUUCGUCCGAAGAAUUGAGCCAAGGGACAAAAUACUGUCAACUCUUAAAUAUGGAGAAGAGAAUAUCAAACUUUUAGAAGAGAAAAAUACCAAAGUUGCUGAGUGCCAGGCUAAUCUUUCUGAUGAAACCAGGUCUAGUAACCCUACUACUACUUCACACUGCUCCUCUAACAAGUCCAUGGGGCUGAGGAAGAGCUUUCAGCUUGAAGAUUCUGAUGAUCUCUUGUGCCAGAAAAACAUUGCUAAAAGAAGGUCUGAUAAAAGUAAAGAGGAUACUGGUAAACCAUUUCUGGUACCCACCACAAAAGACUCUGGCUUCAAUUCUCAGAGUUUCCUCCAAUCAUACAUGAGUCUGAACAAGAGUGCUCAAAAUAUGGUUGAGCAUCAAUACGAGAACCUUCCAUCCACUUCCACUAAGUUCUUAGAUCUGUGUCAGAAAUACGAAUUAAAUAACACAUCAACUCCAGAUUCACCUCAGAAAUUUAGUGAAGCAAACAAUGAGUAUCUGGAAAGUAAGGGCCUCAGUGAUGGAGAAGCUAAACCCAGAAGACUGCGUGAGCUCAGAUCUAAUGCCAAACCAAAGAUAGCUGGUUUAAAAGACUCAAGAUAUAAGAGGAACAAUUCUAAGAAUGCUCUGAAUAAAUUCUUGAACACUAUUGAUAGCCCAAAGAAAGCUAGAGAGAGCAUAAAAGUACUUCAUAGGUCGGAUAGGCCUAUCAGGAAGGCUAUUUAUUCCUCUCUAGAUCUUGGCAGCAGACUCUCUGCUCUCAAGUUCUCUGGAGAUGGAGAGUAGAUCUCUCCAUUUGCUUGCAUUUUUUGGAGUGCUAAUCCCCAAAAGAUGCAUUCUUGGUAAACUUAUAUGGAUCUUUGUCAACGAUAAUUAGUACAAAAGCGUCCAGAAAGGAUUUUAACCCUAAAGCGAGAGCUCUGUUCAUCAAAAAUUGACCAACAAAGCUUAUAAAUUAUUGAGCAAUUUUAUCUACCAGUUUUAUCCAAAGAAUUCUCAAAUAAGCUGUGCUAAAGACAAUGGAACAUAUGAGAGCUUUAUUCAAGUUUAAUUCUACUUGAUUAGCUAAACUCAUGCACCAGAAAUUUCCUGAACAACCGGCCUAGCUGAAUCAGGAAACUCAAGUUUGUUGAGAUCCGUUUAAAU